GGACAAAGGAAGAAGAGGUGAGCUGAGCUGAGCUGAGUUUUUAAUUCCGUGUGCUUUAGCUCUUCUAGCUAUACAAUUCUUUUGGUAUUUGGAGUUCGGAGCUCUCUUUAGGUUUCCUGCUCCUCUCUUCUCUCUCCUUGCAAAAACAUCCAAUCAAUCCUCUUUUUAACUUGGCUUAACAGUUCUUCUUCUCUAUCAAGCAAGGUACUUAUUUCCUUUUUCCCCUUUAUCAAUUCAGUUCUGCUUUUAUCAAUGCUUGGAUUGUUUUGAUUUCUUCAUUUGAGAUUUUUGGCUUGUGGGUGUUGCUUGUUUUAUUGAUUUUCGAUUCUUUUGGGGUCGAUCCCUGAUAAUUGAAUUGGGUUUGUAUCCUUUUUACUCUUUUCAAUUGCGGGAUUUCUGUUAUCCUUCUCGGGAGGAAUUGGUUUUUGAUGGAUGAUUGUUAGUGUGCAGUUUGUUUGAUUCCAGAGAAGGGGGAGAACAAUAGUCGUUUAUUGUUUCUUCAAUGGGUCCACGUUUGGUUGUUGAAUCUAUGUUCCUUUCUACUAAAGGAAAGAACUUUCCCAGUUUUCCUUCAUCUGUUAUGAGUAACGCAUGAAAAAAUUGUCUCUUUCCAUUAUCAGAAAAAUAAGCUACUCUGUUUGGCUAGUGGUAAUUCAACUUCUAUAUUUGUUUGUUGAAGGGAAACUUUUGCCCGUUGGAGAUGUUGGUGUUAGUUAUAUUUGAUUUAGUAGUGGCAUUGUGAGAUCCGUACUAGUUACUUCAGUUGACUGCUUUGCUACAAGAAUGUUAUUGCUUGAUUAUCUUUGUUUAGAUUUUCUUGUGUUCUGUUUUGCAGGUAGAGGAACCUCCUAGAAACAAGCUCUUUGCAGAAAUUACGAAAGGGUAUUCAGAAUUUAUAUAUUUGAGAGAGAGAGGGUACUGGUUUGCAGGGGCAGUGGGACUUCUGCGAGCUUAGCGUCUUCUCUCAUUGUCUCUGUAUUACACUUAUUGUCUCAAGAAGUUUGUUCUUGCUGCACUUCCUUAGCCUGGUUGAGCCUUAUUUAUGAGAUUUUUUUGAGGGGAUUUAGGUAUAAGCAAGGAAUUGAAGUUAGACAAUAUGGGGGCUGUUUGUUGCUGCCUGCAUUCAGAAGAUGAUUAUAUGAAUCCCAACAAUUUGGUGUGUGGGAACUGUGUGUGUCUCAGUUGUUUUGUUCAGAACUUCUUAACUGCGGUAGGAUUUAUGGUUCUUAUAAAUAAACCAUUUUGGUUUUGAAAUAGUGCUGAUUGUUUGAAUGACAUGGCCUACUUACACUCUGUGGUCAUAUGACUGGUAUUUCUGUGGUGUAUUACCCUCGUAAUUUGUCAAGAAUAGGGAAGCUAUUGGAAUUUUCAGGACUGUAUCUUCUAAUUACCUGUUUAUGUCACAUGUGAAGCCAUUAACCAAUGAUUUUCCCAGUGGUUUGGUUUAGAGAGCUGUAAUUUACCUUUUAAGCUGGCCUUUGUAACUAUUAUGCUGCUGUAGGGUUAUUAAUAUAUCAGGGUGUUUGAGAUUCUUGUUUAAAAUAGUCUACAUAUAGGCUCUGAUAACAGAUGGAGGGUUCUUAGACUGUCUGCAUCUGAGUUCUAUCAGGGAACCACCAUCGUUAAUCAACCCUCUUUUGUUGG